AUGAUAUCAGCGAUCCUAUCCGUAUUUCUUGGGCUAGUGGUGUAUAUCUACGAAUGGAUCCAGGUGCCAAUCUCUUGGGCCUUUAGUCCUUUACCUCCGCCAAAGCAUGGCAAGAAGUUCGGCCAUGUAGCUGUUAUCGGUGCUGGCUUGUCUGGCAUUUCCACAGCGUCGCAGCUGGUCUCGCAUGGAUUUGAGGUGACCAUCUUUGAAGCAGGAUCAAAAUCAGGUGGUAUUUGGGCCAAUGUUAACUCGACAAGUGGUCUCCAAAUCAACUCUGUGAUGUAUCGUUUCCAUCCCAUGGUUCUCUGGAGGGCGUUCUACCCUCACCGUGAUGAAAUCCUUGAAAACAUUCGACGCAUUUGUGAUGUGUAUAGCUUGAAUGAUCGCAUUCGUUUCGACACGCCUGUCACAAAGGUGGAACGGCACUCUUCCUCAACCAAAGAAAAGAAUGGAUCUGGCCACACCAGAUGGGUAAUUAAUGGCAAUAUGUCGGAGGUGUUUGAUGGCCUUGUUGUCACCAUCGGUACAUGUGGCAAGCCAAAUUUCAUCAAGAUUGACGGCCAAGAAAGUUUUAAAGGCAAGAUUGUUCAUUCUAGUCAGCUGGAUGAUGUUGACUUUAAGAAUAAGCGGGUAUUGAUCGUCGGUGGUGGUGCGAGUGGUGUAGAGGCAGCUGAGACAGCUCUUGCCAAGGGCGCGAACAAGCCAACUAUCCUUGCCCGAAGCGAUAAAUGGAUAAUUCCGCGUAAUAUGGUAGUGGAUGCACUACUUUCACUUCAACCGUUCGGCCGUGAAAUGCCUUUGUCUUUCAUUCCUGAAGCAUUCAUCCGCUGGUUCCACUAUCGCGACCUCACGGAGAAGAUGGCGCCGACGCAGGGCUUCUUUACUGGCACUCCCAUUGUCAACAACUCAUUCUUGCAGCAUGUGCGAAACGGUCGCGCUGAUUACCAGCGUGGAGACACGAUCUGUGUGAAAGAAGAUGGUAUCGAAUGGAAUGCUCGGAAGCGUGGUCAAAAGAAAGGCGAGAAAGGCGAAAAGCAAUUCAGCAAGGCUGACAUCAUUAUCCUUGCGGCAGGCUUCAAGCGACCUUCCUUUGAUUUCUUGCCCGACGACCUCUUCCCUGAGGAUUACACGCGGCCUAAUAUGUACCUCCAGGUCUUCCCAGUCAAUGAUUGGAGUGUGCUGUGCACCAAUUCUACGUUCCACAAUGCGGUGGGAACGGUAGGACACAUUCACAUUGGUAUCUAUGCCCGGAUUCUUUCUCUCUUCCUUCUGGAGAAAAAAGUGCGUCCUCACCCCCAUCAUAUGCGCCUCUGGGUCGAUGCGAUUCGGUUCAUUAAAGAAAAUGCGCCCGGUGGUCAGCUCGAAUUUUUCACAUACAUGGAACUAUGCGUAUGGUUCCUGCUUUUCAUGGUAUUUAGACCCUCGCGCUUCCACUUCUUCUUUUUCGUGCUUUUCGGUUACGGUUUCUGGGUUCCUGCGAAGAAUGGCGGGCAAGAAUUCCAUUACAGCAUCUUCCAUUUGCGCAAGCGUGCCGUGCUAGAAACCAAGCGUCUCCCUCUUGUUCUUCCGACUUGGCCCUCCCGCAACUAA